AUGGAUGAUUACCUCCCCCGCAUGCUUUUAUUUCCCCCUCAUCCAGCGCCCUUGGUACCUCUUUCGGAGUCACAAUAUGAUGACGGUAUUACAUCACAAAUCGACAUUUUAAAGAAGACGCCGGAAAAGACUUUGUUACAAUCCACCUCCGGUGGUGAAAAUCCUUUAGAUGUCAUUAACCCCUCAUUGAACACAGUUUCAUACAUCUACCUUUUGAAUGCUCAUAUCGCUGCAGCUGCUAAUAAGAACGAGAGGAACCUCAACUACGACGAAUUAUGGGAUAAGGCGGCAGGUUUCUUACAUACUUUCGAUGGAAGGCAGAUUCGAUAUCUUGGUGACGAGCUAUUUAAAGUUAUCAGCUUUGUAGCUUCAUUUGCUUCGCAAAAUCGCCAGCCAGGCGCCGCCAUCCCACCAAUCCGAGAAGCUGUACUUCGAAUCGAUCCUUCAGGCUCAGUCCUUACCUCAAAUCAUUUGUAUCUUGUUCGAUUGGCUCUCCAAACACGAUAUUUCGAUGGCGUCACUGAACUUAUUGACAAACCUGUCCUUUACAUACCUGCUAUAUCUCCAGUAUCAUACACAAAGUUUCCUUGCGAAGUCGACUUGCCAGCACAUUCCUAUGUCACUAUUAAAUCGAGCUUAUCUUCUAAACUGAAGCCCCUCGAAGUUCUAGAGUACUUCUUUUUUAGCGGAUCAAUCUACAUUGGCUUACAAAGAUGGGAAGCUGCAUUAGAUAUGUUGGAGAAUGCUAUAACAUACCCAGUAAUUGAAGGUGGUGUGAGUCUUGUUAUGGUUGAAGCAUAUAAAAAAUGGUUACUGGUUGGACUCCUCCAAUAUGGAAAGGUUCUCCAGCUCCCAAAAACUACCUCUUCUUCUGCCGCCAAAGUAUACCAUGUUAUUGCGAAACCAUACGAAGCUGUUGCCGGUAUUUUUGAAACUGGAACAGCUUCUAGACUAAAGAGCGAGAUUGAGUACGGCCAAGGAGUUUGGACCGAUGAUGCCAAUGUCGGCCUAAUGCUCCAUGUCCUAAGCGCCUAUCAAAAAUUUCAAAUACGUCAUCUCGCCGAUGUCUAUUCGAAGAUUGGAGCUGCGGACAUUAUGAGCCUCACGACGAGUGCAGAAACAGGCGCAAAGUUGACUUCAAUCAAACAAAUUGAAGAUCUUCUGCAAAGCAUGAUCGCCGACGGUACCUUACCUGCAACCAUGAUUCGCGAUCAAUCUGGACAGGCAGUUCUGACAUUCUCACCAGCCGGACGUGCCCUUUCAGAAGCCCAGGUUCAAAAAGAAUUAGUGGCAUCGACUCAACGUAUCCAAUAUUUAGCCAAGCAAAUUAAAAUCACAGAUAGGAUAUUGACACAUGAUAAGCGAUAUAUUGACAGUGCUGUGAGGGCUAAGUUGAAGACGAAGGCUGCUGGUACAUCAGGGGAGGUCAUGGACUGGAAUGCUGCAACUGAGGACGAGGAUUUAAUGACGGAGAUGUAUUGA